AUGAGCUCACAUGUACCUGCCGUAGAGGUGCUUGAGUUUCUCUCCGACCGUCGCUUCCACAGGAUCUUUCUGCUCCCCGCAAAUCCAGACACAGGUCGACACCAGUCUCAUCGUUUCUCUUAUGCUGACUUUGGGGAUCCCACCAGUAAUGCUGUCGUGCUGUUCUGCGGUGGCUUGAUGGGUGCGCGUUAUUGCUACUCUCCAUUGGACGGACUGGCCAACAAGUACAACGUCCGCAUACUGCAUGUAGACAGACCAGGCAUUGGCGGAAGCGAUGCGAUCGCAUUAGAGAAGAGAGUCCAGAUAUGGCUCGUUCAUUCUAAGAUCACACUGUGGCAAGUGACCUCGCAGCUUCCUGCUCCCCUCAUCGGCAAGUUUGCUUCCCUCGCAAAAGCUGUCAACAACAACAUCGUACCCUUGAUUGGUAUGAGUGGCAGCUUCGUGAGCACAAAUUCUCGUCCUAUUCACCCAGCCACAACCGCUCGAGCAUCUUCUGCUUCGGCUGAGGUGCCUCGCUCGCCGGCUUCCUCGGUCGGGUUGCAGGACUCUCAUGGCCUUGCUUUGGGCAAUCCGGAGAUCGUCAAGGAGUUAAGGAAGCACAUCACUUCGCUUCUGUUUGCCGAAAAUCUGGACGGUGUCUCUGCAGAUGCACAGCUCUUUCUCAACAGACCACGUGCGGUUCCCUGGUGUUCCCCAAGCAUGCUAUGGUCAGAUGUUGACCAUUUUGUACCGCUACUCUCGAAAAUCUUGGAGGAAGACGACCGACUGGCUCUACACAACAGGGUGCUGAAUAUUGAUACUUUCCAUGCUGAGUCUGACCACAUGGUGGGCGAGAAGGGAAGGCAGUGGUUUGACGAAUGCUGGCUGCCUGGACGGUCUUCCACCUCGAGCGCACGCAGCAACUCGUUCGAAGCGGUGAAGCAGUUCACACAUCGAAGCUACUAUUACCAAAGCGAGGCAGUGAAGGGCGCAGACCACGACCUGCUUAUGGAUCCCGCCUUUGGUGCCAGCGAAAAAUGGCUUCAACGCGUCAGGGAUGCGGUCCCACGACAUGUUGAGUCCUUCCAUCUUGACUCAGUCGAAAAGCCGCGGGAAGAGAUUAUUGCGGAGCUGGAUCCACCGAGUCAGACAAAGAACGCAAAGGAGGAUGACCAAGGUCCGGACUUGAGCAUUAUCGCGUAUGCCUUCACGAGCUAA